UCUUUUCUUUCUCUCUCGUCAUCAGAGGAGGAGCGUCCCAAACCCAAGCCGAUGGUUCCUCAGCAGGCCCCCAAGAUCCCUGAGGGAGAUAGGGUGGAUUUUGAUGACAUCCACAGGAAGCGCAUGGAGAAGGAUCUACUUGAGCUGCACACGUUGAUCGAUGUCCACUUCGAGCAGAGGAAGAAGGACGAGGAAGAGCUGAUCGGCCUUAAAGACAGAAUAGAGAAUCGCCGUUCAGAGAGAGCUGAGAUCCAGAGGGUUCGAACAGAGAAGGAGAAGGACCGACAAAACAGGAUUGCGGAGGAGCGUCACAGGAAGGAGGAAGAGGAUGCCAGGAGGAAGGCUGAUGAUGACCUCAAGAAGAAGAAAGUGCUGUCUGGUAUGGGAGCAAACUUCGGAGGCUUCCUGGCCAAGGCUGAGACUAGGAAGGGCAAGCGUCUGACGGGCCUGGAGAUCAAGAAGAAGACUCUGACUGAGAGACGGCAGCCGCUGAGCAUGGACAACCUGAGGGAGGACGCCCUCAAGCAACAGGCCCAGCAGCUGUGGGACUGGAUCUACCAGCUGGAGUCGGAGAAGUUUGACUUCAUAGAGUACAUGAAACACCAGAAAUACGAGAUCAUUGUGCUCCUCAACCGGAUCCAACAUGCUCAGAAGUUUAAAAAGGUCCACGGCAAAGGGAAGGUGGGCGGUCGCUGGAAGUGAAGAGGAACAGGAACAGGAACAGGAACAGGAAGAGGAACAGGAACAGGAAGAGGAAGAGGAAGAGGGGGAUGACUCUGGUCUCCGUGGUCGUCUUGUUCCAGAGCCGCUGCUCAGACGCUCCCUGGACGAGAGAAAGAUUCUGAAUGGAUUU